AUGCGCGCCCCGCCGCUGCUGCUGCUGCUGGCUGCCUGCGCCGCCGCCCCGACGCCGCCGGGCUGGGAGCCGGCGGCCGACGCGCCCUGGUGCCCCUACAAGGUGCUGCCCGAGGGCCCCGAGGCGGGCGGCGGGCGCCUGUGCUUCCGCAGCCCCGCGCGCGGCUUCCGCUGCCAGGCGCCCGGCUGCGCGGCGCACGCCUCUGCCGGCCGCUCGCUGCGCGCCAGCGUCCUGCGCAACCGCAGCGUGUUGCUGCAGUGGCGCCUGGCGCCGGCCGAGGCGCGCCGCGUGCGCGCCUUCGCGCUCAACUGCUCGUGGCGCGGCGCCUACACGCGCUUCCCGUGCGAGCGCGUGCUGCUCGGCGCCUCCUGCCGCGACUACCUGCUGCCCGACGUGCACGACGGCGUGCGCUACCGCCUGUGCCUGCAGCCGCUGCCGCUGCCGCUGCGCGCCGAGCCCGCCGCCGGAGCGGCCGCCCCGGAGCCCGCCGGGCCCGCCGAGUGCGUGGAGUUCGCUGCCGAGCCCGCCGGCAUGCGGGAGAUCGUGGUGGCCAUGACGGCGGUAGGCGGCUCCAUCUGCGUCAUGCUGGUGGUCAUCUGCCUGCUCGUGGCCUACAUCACCGAGAACCUCAUGCACCCGGCUUUCGGGCGCCCGGGCCUGCGCAGGCAGCCCUGAAGCACCAGGCGGCGGCCCGCCGGGGCCCUGCCUGCCCGAGAUUGGCGCCCGCUCCCCACUCCUUGCUCCUGCUCCCUCCUUAGGAUCUCCACGCAGGGCCUGCUGGAGACCGGUAGGGCCCCGGCCCGCCAGGGCCUUGGAGUCACUGCACGACCUUCCUAGCCCGGCAUCCGCCUCCCAGACUCCAGCUCGGGACUGACCCUUGGGCCUGCACAGGGGUGCCAGCCUCGUCCAGGGCUCUCCCUGCUUUCCAGAGGCCUUUACAGGGGCCGCCAGGACAUACAGCCCCUUCUGGCAAGAGCCACUGGCAUCCCUGGGUCCAUCACCCUUCACCUCCAGUCUGUGCCGAGUUGGAAAAAACAGGCUGUCAUCAUUGCUUGGUCACUGUGUGCUUUGCCGACUCGAGGAGGCCCCUUGGAGCCUGUCCUCUCCCCACCUCACCCCAGUGGGCUUAGAUUAGCGUCGUGCCUUAGUGUCUUGGGCCCACUGCGGGAGCCAACCGCCUGUCCAGUGCUGUCCGAGGGGGUCUGUGGCCCUGGCACUGGCUGGCUUGUGUGUGCUUCCGGCCAGAGCCUCCUGGGAAACCCUCCUUCAAGCUUUGCAGGAGCCUCAAGUGUGGGUAAGCAGCGUCUGGUGUUGUUUCCCUACUUGGGUGUCUGACAUGCUGCGAACCAUGAUGUGGCCUGGCGGGUGGACCCAGCCUCCGGUCGUCGCGUUCCGGGCCGAGUGUCCCCUGAUACUGGGGGAAGCUGGCAGUUAUCCAGGGCUGCCUUUCAUUCUCUUUUGUGGGUGCUGCUUCUGAUGAGGGAUUUUCAUGGUGAGUGCAGGCAAGUGGCUGGGAGGAGAGGGCUCGUCUCAGACGACAGUGUUGUAUCCAGAGAGCAGAAGGAUUGAGGCCAGCGUUGCCCAGCACACCUUGCCGCUGUGGUCCGGAUCCCAAGCCUCAACCACAGCACGAUGGACAGCACCAUCCCACCCCUUACUCGCGUUGGCAGCCGGGAGCCCAGGAUCUGGCUGGUGAUGCGGCUACCCACUGGACUGAAGGCUGGCUUUGUCCCUUCCUGGGAAGACCUGAGCACCCUGGCCAAGGUUGCUGCCAGAGCCGGGGACCUGGCAUCACCAGGAGGGGUAAGGCGCACUCGGCUCUCCGUGAGUCCCUGACUGACCAUCUUGGACCUGGCACUUGUGGAGUCCCUGUGGCUAACCCCUCCCCACCCCACCUCCCGGCAGCCACCAACGACCCCAGGUCCUGGCUGGUGCCCCCACAGUGCCCGCUCCCUACCUCUCUGUCUUUGCUUGGCCUGCCCUGGCAUGGCGCUGGUCAGGCAGGAGCCUGGCGUCAAUGUCUAAAUGUCCAUCAUUUUAGACCAAAA